GCGUAGAAGCCGACGUCCAUUUUCUUUCUCAUCACAACAAAUGCGUCGUCGUGUCCGAGCGAAAAAUCCCCAUCAAGUUAUGUCGACGUUUCCCUAAUUAACCAUGGCAUCAGUAAGUGACGGCGAGGACAUCGUCAGGGUCGAGGAGAAGGUUGGAGAAAAUAAGUCGAUCUCGAACCCUGCUCUGCACUUGCGUGCCUCUUUGCUGCCGGUCAAGAGUCUUAGUCAGUCCCUAAAUGCUUUAAGCUUCUCCUUCUCGAGGGAGGAGGUUGUCCAGAUCAUCAAGGAAGUAAAGAACGAGCAGGACGAUGGCAAGGAAAACGAGGCUACUCUCGGUGACAUCACGUGCGAAGGCUGUGCGCGUCAGCGUAGCGAGCCCACUGCAGCUUCCCUGACGAGAGAUUGUCGUGGCUCGCACGCGGGAAAGCAUCCUCCGUUCUUAGAGUACUCGCUCGCUAACCUGCAGCUGUCUCCUGCCAAAAAGAAACCAUUGUUGAGAAAGAGCAAACUCGCUGUCCUUGGUGUCAAGUACAGCUCGGAAGUGCGGAGUGGGAAUUCUUCGGGAGUCAUAUCCAGUUUAGUGAGUUCUUCCAAAGAUGCUUGUGGUGGUAAGGAUUUGCCCGAGGGCAAAAGGGUCUCCGAAACGUGUGAGGUCUCCAGUUUGCUAAAUGAUGUUUCUCCUUUGAAGAGAGGGAAAAAUUCUCUGAGUACUUUCGAAGUUCCUAAGUCGUGUGUGUUCGAGUCCCUUAAUAAAAAGACGGUGUCUGAAGAUUUUGCGAGCGUGUCGCAAAGUAAUAACCUUUGUAGUGAUAUUAGAUGUAGUGUUCCGACCAAGAAGCUCGAGUUUUCGCCUCACGGAUGUAAGCACCGCGGACAGCCCAAGUCCCGGAGGGCCCUGUACAAGCGAAGAUGCCGGAGACAGUUGCCGGAAGGCGAGCUGCCAGAUCUGAAGAGUUUGUCGCUGUCGGAAAGCUCGGAAACUGCCGUCUACCGCUCGUGCUCACAGCAGGCCCGCAGUCCAGACCUACGAGGACGUCACGAUGGACGAGUUGGCUGCGUACCUAGGAUAAAUUUUUCUGUACCUCCCAAAGAAAAUGUCUCACAUGGCAGAAAUGAUGUAUACAUGAAAGCAUUUUAUACUUAGGUUACAGUCUAUACAUAUAUAUAUAUAUACUAUAUAUGAUUUAUAUAAUUGCAUCCUUAAUCUUUUGUAUUGAGUUUUUUCCUUUAAUUGUAAUCAUUUGUGUUACUUGGUGCUGGAAGUGUUAUGUUCAGCAUUUCUUUUUCAAUUGCCCCUUUGUUUUUUGUUUUGUUUCCUUAGAAUAAGCCAUAUUUUCAAAUGCUAUUUAAGUCCCCCCCCCCCCCCCCCCCAUAGUCUCACAGAAGGCUUCCAAAGGUUUUUUGCCACUUACAAUUUAAGUAACUUUUACGAUCGUAUGAAUAGCCAUUGACCGAUUGGUGUCAAGUUUUAGUUGCUAAAACAUAAUAAUCUGUUGAAGGUAUUCUCUUCGGAAGUGAUAGCAUUGUAAAUUCGAGUGCAAAUUGUGGUGAAUUUGUAAUUAUAGUCCAGUGCAGGCAGUCCCAGACUUACGACGGGGGUUGUCAUAAGCCGGAAAAUCGUCAAAAAUCCUAAUAAAACCUUACUUUUAAUGACUUGGGUGUAUUCAAAACUGUAAAAUGCAUUUUUAUUACACUUUUCAUUAAAAAAAAAUACAAAUAUUGAUUAUUUUGCAUUUUUGGAGUCAUAUUUCUUCCGUCAGAUUGGCGUCGUAUGUGCCGUAACCCUGGAACAUGCGUCGUAAACCUAGAAAUAAUUUCUGACUAAGACAAUUGAAAAGUGUUGUAACCUCAGAACGUCGUAAGCCGGGGACUGCCUGCACUGUGCGCUGAAAAUUAAAUAGAGAUUCGGAGUGGAGAAACGAUUAGUACCUUGUACAUUUGUUGAAAUCAAAGGUGAGCUUGCGUUGAAUUCUAUCAUGGUACCUGCUGACUGAUGACUCUGGUAUUAACAAAAUAUAUAUAUAUAUAAUAAUGCUGUAGAUACACAUAAAUAUAUCAGGAUUACUUUCCUUCUAUUUUUCAAUGGUAAUGUUGGAUACUUUCAUUCGUUUCGUUUCCAGGUUACUGUGGUAGCUAUACAGAAUACGGUUGGAGCGUUUUGAAAUUAGUACUAUAGCCUCUUAACAGUUAGUUUUGAAAGUCUAGUAGUACACUCGUUUGUAAUUGGCAUUGGUUACUGAUGCAGACAAGUUAUAUUAUUGAGAACCAUACCUUUGAUAUGUGCUGUUUAUAUUAGAAGCCCUAAUUUACCUUUUUCAAAAUAAAGAUAUUGUAAUUUUUA